GCGGCGGCGCGAGUUUCCAAUCUUGCCCUGCCCGCACGCGUCCGCGUGCACGCUGGGGACCCUGACAUGAGGGUCGCGGCUCUGAUCAGUGGUGGGAAGGACAGCUGCUAUAAUAUGAUGCAAUGUGUUGCUGCUGGCCAUCAGAUUGUUGCUUUAGCAAAUCUAAGACCAGCUAAAAACCAAGUGGGAUCAGAUGAACUGGAUAGUUACAUGUAUCAGACAGUGGGACAUCAGGCCAUUGAACUGUUUGCUGAAGCAAUGGGUCUCCCACUAUAUCGUCAAACCAUCAAAGGUACCAGUGUGGAGACUGGACGAAUGUAUACCAGAUGCGAAGGUGAUGAGGUUGAAGAUCUCUAUGAACUUUUGAAAUCCGUUAAGGAGAAAGAAGAAAUAGAUGGUGUAUCUGUUGGUGCCAUUCUUUCUGACUAUCAGCGAGUUCGAGUGGAAAAUGUAUGUAAGAGGCUUGAUCUUCAGCCUUUAGCUUACCUUUGGCGUCGAAACCAGGAAGAUUUGCUUAGAGAAAUGAUAUCAUCUGACAUCCAAGCCAUGGUCAUCAAAGUAGCAGCUUUUGGCUUAGAUCCAGAUAAACAUCUUGGAAAAACACUGGAUCAAGUGGAGUCUGAUCUCUGUGAGCUAUCUAAGAAAUAUGGUGUCAACGUGUGUGGAGAAGGCGGGGAAUAUGAAACAUUCACUUUGGAUUGCCCUCUGUUUAAGAAGAAAGUAGUUGUAGAUUCAUCAGAAGUAGUUUUGCAUUCAGCUGAUGCCUUUGCGCCUGUGGCUUACCUUCGUUUUUUAGAAUUACAUUUGGAAGAAAAGCAGCUGGCAUCCCCAGAUAAACUUUUUGCGAUUAAUUGCUCAUGUGAGAUGGAAUGCAAUGAGAAUCAUAUUUCUGCUGUAGCAGAACAGAACAGCCAGGAUGGAAUCCCACCUCCCAUCUGGAAAUCAUCGCAUCCCCCACUUUUACAGUACUGUAAGAAGUCAGAGUGUUCAGAAAAAUCUCCGAAUGGUUACCAGUGGAUUAACUGCAUCACAGCCUCCUUUAUUCCAUCAGAGCAGGAAAGUGUUGUGGAUGCAGCAGCUGAAGCCUUUUCUUCUCUCCAAGCUGUUAUCAAUGCAAAGGGAUUGGAAUUGAAAGAUAUUAUUUUGGUUUACAUGUUCAUCAGAAAUAUGGAAGAUUUUUCUGCUAUAAAUUCAGCAUAUGUGAAAAUGUUCAAUGUGUGUCCACCUACAAGGGUCUGUGUAGAAGCUUUGUUGCCAGAUAGACUACUUUUUUCAGUUGACUGUCUUGCUCACAAGUUCAACAUAAUGAUUGGUGAAGUACUUCCUUACUCCAAAGAAGUGAUGCAUGUACAGAGUAUUUCUCAUUGGGCACCUGCUAACAUUGGACCUUACAGUCAGGCCAUCAAGGUUGGAGAAGUCCUAUACAUUGCUGGACAGAUUGCCUUGGUACCUUGCACCAUGAAGCUUGUGGGUGGCGGAGUCUGGACUGAAGCUUCUGUAUCCCUAAGGCACACCCUGAAAAUUCUUAAAGCAAUGAGCCAAGAAACUACACUCCACCAUGUUCUACUGGCACAUUGUUAUGUAACCAGCAGCAAGUACAUUCCAGCUGCUCUUGCCACGUGGCAAAAGAAUUUGAGAACACAUGAAAAGGAAGAAGACCCUGAGACCUAUGGCAUCACCAAUGAGACUAAUGGGAUCCUGGUAAUUGCGGUAAUUCCCCGUCUUCCUAGAGAUGCUGCGAUUGAGUGGCACGUCAUCGCAGUGGUGGAUGAGCCACUUCAAAGAAAGCAUUUUGUAUUGGAGAAGAAGUCUCAGGGUUGUCUAAUUGAGUGUGAAGCUGUUGAGUCCGUUUCUACAUCCUGUGCCUCCAUCUCCAUCUCCCUGAGAUGGCCGUCAUCCUCUAGUUCUUCACCUGAUUUAAACCAGGCUCUUCAAGAUUUGGUGGCUGUGUUCUUACAGGCAAUGGGGAGUCUAUCUGGAGACCAAAGGGUGAUGCCACUGUGCUUCAGGACUUUCUAUAAGAAAGACAGCAUCGACAUCACAGCUCUGCAUACAGGACUCCAGGCAUUGCUAGAAGAACAGAUGGAUGCGGUUCCUGCACUGGUUCUGGUACCUGUGACUGAUUUACCCAAAAGAGAAAUUAUCCAUGUGGCAUGCUGGCUCAGUGCUUAGCCCAUACCUCAGAGAGCAAGAGCUGCUAUAAUUUCCUGGGAAAGAAAGAAAUAUUUGUACUAAUUGCAUUCUGUCUUGCCUUUCAAUUUUUUAGUUGUUCUUUUAUUGAUGCUUUUUUUAAACAUUGCUGUCACUUCCCAAUGAUAGAAUCUUCCUUUGUAACAAAGUACAGUUAACAAAAUAAAUUACCAUUAUACGCCAAUUCUGACAAGGCAUGUUUCAUUCUGCACCUCUAGCCCACCACAUCUCAGCAGAGCAGUGGGAAGCAUGAUUCACUAUCAGUCAUCUGGAGGAGGACAACUGGCCACAGCAUUGAUCAAAGUGCUAAAGUCUUUCAUUGUUGUUUUCAUUUACAUUUAUUCUGUAUUCUACUGAAAUGUCCAGACAUCUUUGAACUGACAAGUGCAAAGCUAGGCGAGAAGUUUUAACACUUCAUUCACAGCCCUUUUAUUAAGCUAUGAGACUGCAAAUAAACUUUCCUACCAAGGCAUGCACCUAUGUUUUUCUUCUCAGUUCUCAAAGCUUUCCUGCCAGCCCAUUCACUAUGACAUGUAACUCUUAGCUCCUGCUGGAGCUGGAGAGAUGCCAGCAUCCUCAGUCACACUGAUUGAAACUUGAAGAUGGAUUGCUUCAUCCAGUCCACUGGCAUCGCAGUUCAAAGCAAAUACCAUUAAUAGGUCUUUGACCAUGAUCAUUACUUGUCUACAGACCACAAAGUUGGAGGCUACAUCCGAUAUUGUGCGUGCGUCUGCUUUGAGAUCAGUUCCUUCAUUGUGCAGAAAGGUUUGGGCAGGACACAGAAGACUUUAUACUAUACCAUAAACCCCAGAACCCAGCAGAAAAUGGCUUUUAUAUAUCUAGAACUAGGCCAUACAUCUAUGUGUUUACUAGAAGAAUGUCCUAAGAGAGUAAAAACCGACUCUAUCCAAAACAGUGACUAUCCAGCUACCCAAAGCUCCAGGAGGCAUAUAUUUAUAUCAGAUUCCCCAGUUAAUACUGGGGAGCAAAAAAAAAUGCAGUUAUGAAAGCCAAUAUCUGCCUCCUUGAAUAUCUGGCUUGCGUUCUUCCAUAGGCCAGCUUGUUCUGACUCAUCUUCUUCAAUGUCCUUCAGGCUUAUCAGCGCAGUCAGAAGGUUUAGUGGAGCAAUUUGAGUGGAUUUGAUCAGGGUUUACUUUGGACAAAAGGUGAAUGUGACUUUCAUUAUUCCUUGUAAUGUAUAAAUAUGAAUCAAUAAAAGUUCCUUCUGAAA